ACUGUCAGCUGCACCUAUACAGUGUCUGCUGCCUCCAGCUACGAGGGGAUAAACAAGGACGACUGGCUGUCUCUUUACCCAAGCAUCACCUGUCAAAAUGUCUCCUAAAGCACCGUGCGCCCCCAAUCACCUGCCCACAUCCAGAGACGCAGUGACGCACAGCAGGUUUUCUCCAACUGUUCCCAGCCCCGUGAAUGAAGCUGGUAACACUUCAGGAGGCUGCAGUGAAAACCUGUCUCGAAAACCGCUGACUGUUACCGGAGGUGAAUCCACUUCAAUGAAAUAUCUCAAACCCAGAAGCAGGUGUGAGCAGUCUACACAGCGGGGCCGGCGCAGAAUGAAGGCGAACGACAGAGAGCGCUCCCGGAUGCACAACCUGAACACCGCUCUGGACGCGCUGAGGAGCAUCCUGCCGGCGCUGCCAGAGGACGCGAAGCUGACCAAGAUCGAAACUCUGCGCUUCGCCCACAACUACAUCUGGGCUCUGACGGAGACUCUGCGCAUGGCCGACCAGCACGGACACACGUCGGAAUACCUGCCGGCUGGAUCUGACCUGAGCAGCCCAACAAGUGUUUCAUCUGCGGAGUGGGACUCAGCCUCACCUGCAGAGUCUGGUUAUAUGACCUCAGCUGACUUUGACCCCAGAAACUGUUACACCUCUGCUCCUCAAAUGAAGUGUAAGAUUUUAUCAAGAGAUCAAUCAAGUGUUAUCCCUGUUACCUUUUAUUUCAAGUCAUUCUGUGGUGACGAUGAUGUCAAAAACACUUGGCACUGUUGACUUCUCUAUUUGUAUGAGGAACUCUGAAUGACAGCUCCCAUGUCAGGGGCCAUAUACAACAGAAAAAACUAUUGCACUGCUCUCUGUGGUUGGAAACUUUUCCAGACACAAGCUGAUCAGUGAUGUCAGAGCAGAUGUUUUCCAUCAGGCAAACACCUGCAGUCACAUCACAAAUUGAGAUCCUAAUUGGCCAGAAACUCAGCCUGCUUCUGCCCAUACAUAUCAGUGCAUCCAUGUAAAUGUAGUCUUCCAAAGCACUUACACUGAGUUCACGAAACAAAAUCUAUUCAAAAUGACUGUUCAAAAGAUUUAGUUCUUUACAAAGUAAGCCAUAACUUUCACUUGAGGCCAUUUGUUUUAGAAAAUUAUUUUACAAAGGUGGGACUAAGUCAGUGUUCUGCAAGUCACAAGUAAGUUUGAAGUCUCAAGUCAGGCCCUGAGUCCCUUUUAGUCAUAAUGCGCUUUUUGCCAUUUUAAAAACAGAGUGAUGAUAUAUUAAAUCAACAAACAUCAUGAAUGAUUUUAAAAUGUAUUUCUCUGUUAAAACAGGUGUGACUGAACUUAAUCAGAAAACUUCAAUUUUGUGUUUCUACCUUGUCUUGUUGCAUUUAAAACAUCUUAUAUUGGAAAAUGUUUACAAGAUAUCAAAAUAUUUUCAAGAUCAAGGCCAAGUGAAGUCUUGAGACACUGGCGUAAAACUCCAUGUAGAGUUGGAGGUCUUUUCCGAUUUUCUGAAGUCUAAAAUCAACAUAUUUGACUUGAGUCUGACUCGAGUCCACAUCUCUGCAAUUUCAUGAUCACGUUGCACUUACUAAAUCCCAGCCUGCAAAAACACCAUGAAGCACCAUCAAUGAUUUAGGAAGACAAGAUAAUUGGUUUUAACUAAAAAUAUUUAUUAGGUCAUGAUAUUCAAAUGUUUUCUUGAGCUAUUUUUGUUGCAUAAAAGUAGGUUUAUUUAUUUGAUAAAAACUGUAGAAAAUGUGUCUUGGGGUGAAAUGUUCAUUGUUUCAAUGAUUCAAAGGAACAAAAUGUACAAAGACAAAUAUUACUUAAACACAGUGGUUGCGAUUCAAAUGUUUUUUAGGGAGAGAAAAAUGCCAACAUUUCAUAGUAUUCAUUAAUUUUCCUUUUUCAGAGGCCAAAGUUAAUGUGCAAAUCAACAUUUUCAAAGACGUAGUUCUUUACUGUCCUGCCUACCAGUGACUGUA